AUGAUAUCUCUGGUCACUUUCAUUCCCAGAUUGCUUCUCACUACUACUGGAUACGCUCGUUCUCUCCUCCCCCUCCUUUUCUUCACUUUCAUAUCUCUGAAUCAUUUUAUUCUUAUCUAUCUAUCUAUUCAGAAACUUUUUAUUCUUAUCUAUCUCUUCAAAAUCUUUUAUUCUUAUCUAUCUAUCUAUCUAUCAGUCCAACUGUCUGUCUAUCCCUAUCUAUCUAUCUAUCUAUCUAUCUAUCUAUCUAUCUAUCUCUUCGAUGUGUUAUUAUUAUUAGAUAUAUUUUAUAUCAAACACUUCAUUCAUAAUUAUCAUUUUGAUUUCCUUGCCGGAUAUCUCUUCCUCUCUUACAAAGAUACACAACAUCUCUCUCCCUCUCUCUCUCUCUCUCUCUCUCUCUCUCUCUCUCUCUCUCUUACACUCCUUCCGUUACUCUUUGUUUCCUUCUAUCUAAGGUCAUAUAAUCUAUCUAUCUAUCUAUCUAUCUAUCUAUCUAUCUAUCUAUCUAUCUAUUCGAUGUAUUCGACAUUUUCUUUCUUCACUUUAGUUUUCCUUCUUUUCUCUCACCUUUUCCUUCUUUUGUCUUUAUUUCUGUCAGGAUUGAAACGUCCUUCUUGUUUUUUUUUAUCAAUCUUUCUGUUUUUUCUUUCCGUCAGUUUUUUUUUUUCGUCUUUUGUUCACCCACCCCACUCUCUCCCCCCUUCCCUCUCCCCCUCUCUCUCCCCCCUCUACAUUUUCAUUCUGUUUGUCUUUAUGCUUAUAAUUCAUUCUUUCUUUCUUGGCCCCUCUCACUCUAUUUUCUAUCUAUCUAUCUAUCUAUCUAUCUAUCUAUCUAUCUAUCUAUCUAUCUAUCUAUCUAUCUAUGUAUCUAUGUCUGUUUAUAUCUAUCUAUCUACUAUCUAUCUAUGUAUCUAUGUCUGUUUAUAUCUAUCUAUUUACUAUCUAUCUAUGGCAUUUCAUAUCUAUCUAUCUAUCUAUCUAUCUAUCUAUCUAUGGCUUUUCAUAUCUAUCUAUCUAUCUAUCUAUCUAUCUAUCUAUCUAUCUAUCUAUCUAUCUAUGGCUUUUCAUAUCUAUCUAUCAAUGGUUUUUCAUUAUCUAUCUAUCUAUCUAUCUAUCUAUCUAUCUAUCUAUCUAUGUCUGUUUAUAUCUAUCUACUAUCUAUCUAUGGCUUUUCAUAUCUAUCUAUCUUUCUAUCUAUCUAUGGCUGUUCAUUAUCUAUCUAUCUAUCUAUCUAUGGCUGUUCAUUAUCUAUCUAUCUAUCUAUCUAUCUAUCUAUGGAUGUUCAUAUCGGUGUAUCUAUAUAUCUGUCUAUUCAUAUCUAUCUAUCUAUCUAUCUAUCUUAAAAUGUAUAUAAUGGCUCUAUCUAUCUAUCUAUCUAUCUAUCUAUCUAUCUCUGACUUUUCAUAUCUAUUUAUCUAUCUAUCUAUGGCUUUUCAUAUCUAUCUAUCUAUGGUUGUUCAUAUCUAUCUAUAUAUGUCUGUUUAUAUCUAUCUACUAUCUAUCUAUCGAUGGCUUUUCAUAUCUAUCUAUCUUUCUAUCUAUCUAUGGCUGUUCAUAUCUAUCUAUGGCUGUUCAUAUCUAUCUAUCUAUCUAUCUAUCUAUCUAUCUAUCUAUCUAUCUAUCUAUGGCUUUUCAUAUCUAUCUAUCUAUGGUUGUUCAUAUCUAUCUAUCUAUCUAUCUAUCUAUGUCUGUUUAUAUCUAUCUACUAUCUAUCUAUCUAUCUAUCUAUCUAUGGCUGUUCAUAUCUAUCUAUCUAUCUAUCUAUCUAUCUAUCAAUCUAUGGAUGUUCAUAUUGAUGUAUGUAUGUAUCUGUCUAUUCAUAUCUAUCUAUCUAUCUAUCUUAAAAUGUAUAUAAUGGCUGUUCAUAUCUAUCUAUCUAUCUAUCUAUCUAUCUAUCUAUCUAUCUAUCUGUGGCUUUUCAUAUCUAUCUAUCUUUCUAUCUAUCUAUGGCUGUUCAUAUCUAUCUAUCUAUCUAUCUAUCUAUGGAUGUUCAUAUCCGUGUGUCUAUAUAUCUGUCUAUUCAUAUCUAUCUAUCUAUCUAUCUAUCUAUCUAUCUAUCUAUCUAUCUAUCUAUCUAUCUAUCUUAAAAUGUAUAUAAUGGCUGUUCAUAUCUAUCUAUCAAUCUAUCUAUCUAUGACUUUUCAUAUCUAUCUAUCUUUCUAUCUAUCUAUGGCUGUUCAUAUCUAUCUAUGGCUGUUCAUAUCUAUCUAUCUAUCUAUCUAUCUAUCUCUGACUUUUCAUAUCUAUUUAUCUAUCUAUCUAUGGCUUUUCAUAUCUAUCUAUCUAUGGUUGUUCAUAUCUAUCUAUCUAUCUAUGUCUCUGUUCAUAUCUAUCUAUCUAUGGCUGUUCAUAUCUAUCUAUCUAUCUGUGACUUUUCAUAUCUAUCUAUCUAUCUAUCUAUCUAUCUAUCUAUCUAUCUAUGGUUGUUCAUAUAAUCUAUCUAUCUAUCUAUCUCUCUAUCUAUCUAUCUAUCUAUCUAUGGCUUUUCAUAUCUAUCUAUCUAUGGUUGUUCAUAUCUAUCUAUCUAUCUAUCUAUCUAUCUAUCUAUCUAUGUCUGUUUAUAUCUAUCUACUAUCUAUCAAUCUAUCUAUGGCUGUUCAUAUCUAUCUAUCUAUCUAUCUAUCUAUGGAUGUUCAUAUUGAUGUAUCUAUAUAUCUGUCUAUUCAUAUCUAUCUAUCUAUCUAUCUUAAAAUGUAUAUAAUGGCUGUUCAUAUCUAUUCAUCUAUCUAUCUAUCUAUCUAUCUAUCUAUCUGUGGCUUUUCAUAUCUAUCUAUCUUUCUAUCUAUCUAUGGUUGUUCAUAUCUAUCUAUCUAUCUAUCUAUGGAUGUUCAUAUCCGUGUAUCUAUCUAUCUAUCUAUCUAUCUAUCUAUCUUAUAA